ACACUGGUCGUGAACUCGCGGGUGAUAAGAACUUCCAGAACUUUCCCCCACUUUCCAAAUCGCAAAGAAAGGAGAGAAAGAGUAGGACCCACCGAGAACAACGUAACGCGGCACUCCCUACUCCUAGCCCUUUUCUCCUUCUUUUAGGUUGAACAGCGGUUAAAUAAGAGGGGACAAGUUUUGAAAAUUCUUACGGCUUACGAGCCCUAGUCGCAUGCGUGGGUCGUGUCAUGAGUACGGUGUAUAAUGUACAAUAUGUGUAUAGCGGUGAUGGUAUGUAUAACGUGUCAGUGUAGCAAGUGUGGCUGAGUGUAGCAGCCUUCUGUAGCCAACCUGAGUUAACCGGACAAGCAGCGAAGCAGGAGGUGAAUGUUCACAUUUUGUUAGCGUCUGCAAAUAACAUUCAGCUAACGUCUGCUUAACGACAAGCAGUUCAAAAAUUUGUAUCGUGUAAUAUUUUCACGAAACUCGUGCCAAAAACUGGUGCGUAUUGUCGAAGGCUCGCGCGCAUUUAUCGAAUUUCUUGAGAAGCAUUGUUUACUGUGACACAAAUAAACAAAGGCUGUCUCCUUGAACUCUCCAAAUGACAAACACAAUGGGAGGAGCAAAUCUUCAUACACCUCCAUCAAUAUUUCAACACAUGAUGAGCCAGCAGAGCGUGUCCCAACAACCUGGACCAUGGAUGCAUCUGCCACAAGUGCCUCCAAUGUCGAUGCCAUGGAGUAUGUCUUCUCUGCAACAACCAAAGCUAGUUCGUUUUACUGGUGGAACUACUUUUGAACCAAUACUCCAUCAGAAAAGAAAACUGGAACUCUCGGACAUAGUGGACACAAGACAAACGAAGCAAUUCAUAACAGAGGAAAAAAUGGCAGCACAUUUCAAAGAUUUACACAUUAGCCCCAAUUACCAGCCUCAGUCUCCUGUGCCAUCCACAUCUGUGGCUGAAGCACAAGUAACUCCUACCGAGGAACUGAAUAUGGACUUGGAAGUUGGAGUAACAAAUUUAGUAGAUGCAGACCUAGCAAAAUCUGGGCAACCUAAAUUGGUUCUUUCAGAGGAAUUGAAAAGGCUACAACCAGAACCAGUUAUUCCACCUUCGUUAUUAUCCAAACUGGAGAGGCCCUCCAUGGCUUUAGUACUUUGGGAACCACCAAAUAAACACCUACGUCUCCUACCGUCAAGAGUGACAUCGUCUCCGAUUCCUAGCACGUCCGAUAGUAAUAACAACAGUAAUAACAAUAAUAAUAAUAAUGAAUCUAUUCCGAACUUGAAUCAGACAGUGCAAUCGAGUAAUACAUCAGCGUUCGAACCGAUGGAAUUAUGACAAUAAUCCUAGUAACAUAUUCUUUACGUUUUUCCUUUUCUGGUAGAGAAGUACGGUAUUACGUUCUAACAUUUAUCUAGAUAUAGAGAAAACGCGAAAAAAUAUGUUGUUCUUUGUACUUUUUAUUCAUUGCCAUAAGCUCGUGUGAUCAAGUCGAGGUAUGAAACCUUCUCUUAUUGAGCGAACAUGUUCUGUAUUAUCCAGUAAGGAUUUAUUUCUUCAGUUCAAGUAUAUUUACUAUAUUUUACAGAAUCAGCAGUUAUUGUAAUAGGAAUAUAAGCGUAAGAAAAGUAGAAGGAAUAAGUAAGACAAAUAGUUUUCUUUCUAAGUUGAAUACGAUACGAGAACAUAGAUAGUGAGAAGGUAGAGAUCUAUUAUUUAUACGUUAAUGUGUUUAAUAUGAAACAGCAUUCGGGUGUAAUAUUCUUACUAAUUAAGUUUUUCAUUUAAUGUAUGUUAUCGAAUACUUUCGUCCUACGAAGUAACGUUAGAAUGCAUAGAACGAGAACGUGAGUUAUUUGUACGGUAAACCGCUAUGUUAUGUGUAUGAAUUAACGUUAAGUAUGCAAAUGUUCGAUCGAGGAAGUACUUCAAUUAAUUCAAUUCGCCGCGUGGUUCGAGUGUGUGUUGACAAUUGCUUGUCAUAGAGUGUUUGAGCAAUGUACGAUGAUUUUGCAUAAAAGAUACAACAAUACGUUUCAUGAACAAUGAUAUUCUUCAUUUAUUCACGACCGGUUCAAAAAUUACAAGUAAACGAUUAGCUCUUAAUUGAUAAA